GUCAUAUUCAAUAUCAUCAUCGAGGGGAUUUCGUGUUUAUUUCCCGCUCUUUUACGUAACGACAUCAGUGUGACGCCAUUAUGGAAUUUCUUGGGCAUAUUUUUUGCCAUACGUGUUUUGUUUCUGCUCACAGCUUCCUAUUGGUCGGGUGAUGAUUCAGGAGAAAAAUCUGUCUGCUUGACAUUUGGUGUUUUUUUCUUUGUUCUGGCGAUGGCCAUUUUGGUAGUCGAUGAAUCUAUGUUGGAGUUCAAUUUGGACUCGGGUUAUGAAAUAUUCUCUGAAGAAGCUGAAUUAUUUUUGAAGAAACAAGGAUUCACACGAGAAGGUGGAUCCGCUCCAAUAUGGAUUUUCAAACUCGCGCUCGCUGUUAUCUCGGGAAUUAUCGGAGCCUUUCUCGGCUUUCCUGGCAUUAGAAUAUCAAUAAUGUUCUUGGAUUUGAUAGAGCAAUACAAAUCUAACAGGUUGCUUCUUGUCCUUUUUUAUGUAAAUUUCUUCGCUCCUCUUUGUCUUGUUUUAUUGUGGAUCAAACCUUUGGCUCGCGAAUACUUCACGAGCAGAAAUAAUUCAUUUUCAGUAUCGGACUCAAACUUUGAUAACAUUCGAAUUGGAGUCAUCUUACUUUGUUGUCUUAUGCGGUUUUCCUUACCAAAAUGCAUCUACAGGCUUUCUUAG